AUGUCUCAAUCAAAUAGACCACAAAGAUUACGUACUAAUGCGACUCAGGCAUGUACAAAUUGUCAAGCGGGACAUCGAAGGUGUGAAAGACUUUCUGAAAGGGACGUUUGUGCAUACUGUAGAAGAUAUGGACUUAACUGUAUCACUAUCCCGGGUAUGAGACGCGGGCGAAGACCUAGGUCGCCCAGAACUACCAAAGCUCUCUAUUCUUUCGAAACUGUUGUGUCAUUCAUUGGACAAGGACAAAUGCCAGAUGAUCAAAAUACCGUGUCAAUUAAUUUUUAUGAACCUUCUCUUAGAAUUACUGAUGCAUUUAUUAACCAAGAAACUACUACUACACACCUCGGAACCUCACAUACUUAUAAUAAUAUCGCUACUAUUCCUUCUUUCGGUGCCAUUAAUGCAUUCUUUGACCAAAGACAAACGUUAAAUGACCAAAAUAUCGUACUAAUUAACCCUUAUGACCCUUUUUUUGAAACUACCGGAACAUUAAUUGACCAUGAACCAACACCAAAUCAUUCAUAUAUUUAUAAUCAUAUCACUACUAUUCCUUCUUUCGGAACUACUGAUGCAUUCAUUGGCCAAGGGCAAACGUUAGAUGACCAAAAUGCCGCGUCAAUUAACUCUUAUGAAUCUUUUUUGGGAACUACCGGAGCAUUUAUUGGCCAAGAACUAACACCAAAUCAUCAAAAUACUAUAUCAAUUAACACUACAAUUCCUUCCUUCGGCCAAGGGCAAACUUUAGAUGAUCAAAAUACUGCGUCAAUUAUUAACCAAGAACCAACACUAAUUACCACAUCAAAUAACCUUUAUGAAACUACUACUACUGAAGAACUUCAAUUCUUCUACCCAAACUUCGAAACCCUACAUGUUUAUGAUUAUAGCCUUUUGAGGGCUGCCGAAGCGACUGUCGAUAGUUAUAAUCGUAACUUUCUUUUGGAGACUGCCGAAGCAUUUGCUGAUCAAGGAUCAUC